AUGGAACACUGGGCAACAGACAAGUUGAGCAUCUUUCUCGGUUUAGAUACCCUCACUCUCGAGACACAGGUCAUUCCUUAUCUCAUGACUCUCGACACACCCGAUGCACUCACUCAGCACUUGACAGAUAUGCUUGGAACGUCAUCAGAUUGCCUCGAUUUUAUUUACGAAUUUGCCAAUCGUCGAUUUACACAAAAACAGCCCAAAGUCCAGACGUCGUCCCAGUCUAGUAAAGGAUUGCCCUUUCCUUCUCUUCCUGCUGGAGAAGUUAAUUCUCAAUGGCCAGCAAAUAUUAACAUACAUGACAAGUCUAAUGAUGAAAUGCUGUUUUCAGGGUCUCGCAAGCCUAAGAAACAAAAUAAGCCUAAGGCUAGUUCAUCUUCAUCCGACAAACAACAGCAACAAAAGAAAAAGAAGGAGAUGACACUUGAGACAGCAUUGAAGGAAUUAGAUAUAAAGGCGGGUGAUGGAAAGCGCAAACCGUGCCAAUGUCAAGCUACAAAACACCCACUACUAGAUAUUGCACCAAACUGCCUGAACUGCGGCAAGAUCAUAUGCACUCUCGAGGGACCUGGACCGUGCACAUUCUGUGGAACGGAAGUAUUAUCAAAAGAACAAGAGGUCCAUUUGAUUUCUGAAGCCAAGAAGAAGCGUGCCGAACUCAAGAAUCAACAGAAUCAACAGCAACAGCCUCGUCGCGUAAAAAAUCCUGUACGCAAACACGGCUAUGCUAGUAUGCUUAGUGGGGAUUUUGGUUCUGGACAGACGACACAAGAAGAGGAAGAGGCUCAAAGAAGAGCGGAAGAGCACAAAGAAAAACUUUUAAGCUUUCAAAAAACUAGCUCUAAACGAAACACAGUAAUUGAUCAGGCAGCAGAUCUUGUUUUGCCAAUAGAUCAAGCCAGCUCAUGGGCAAGCCCUCAAGAGCGUGCUUCGAUGUUAAAAAAGCAGCAAGCCAAUUUACGACGAAUUGAGAAAGCAGAUCAACCUCGACGUCGCGUAAUGACUCUCGACAUAAAAACGAAACAGGUUCGCCUAGAAGAAAUGUCGGAUACAGACGAAGAAUCUGCGGAAGAGGAAGAGGAAGAAGUAGCGAUAAAUCGGUCUAGAGAAAGUUCGAGUGGAGGCACUUUUGCCAACAACCCACUGUUAAAGGACUUGAAGGCACCAACAUUUGUUAGAAAAUCAAAGGCAUCAUCGAGCAAGCAAUCAUCUGGGAAAAAAGGCAUUCAAUUAAACAAUGACGAUGUGAUAGAAUUCAAACACCCUCGAAACAAAAGAAAUGGUCAAUCUGACUAA